UAUAUUAUAUCAUAGUCAAUAGUCAUCGUACUUCCACAGACCUUAGUUCCGUACAAUUAAUUUAAUUCAAUUAAAUCUAUUCUAGUAUUCUAUAGACUAGUACAAGUAGUAGGACCAUAGACAUAUAAAUAAUAAUUAUUUCUUUGUUGUAUAUCUAUGGUGUAUGAAUUUGACUUUACGUUAUCUAUUAAACUUACUAAUUACAACAAAUUACUCACAAAGUUACAACCAUUGACUUUUAACUUUAUACUGUAUAAAAUCAAUGGUUACAACUACUUAGCAGUUGUCAGUUAUAAUUAGUAGUUAUUAGUUAACACUAUAGCACAGAUGGCUGUUAGUAUCAUCGAGUUGAUUGAAACUUAAUGAAUAAAGUUUAACCAACCUAUUCUAAGACGACAUUUGAAACAUAGCGUUAGUAAACGCCACUGUAUCUUACAACACGUACGGCAUUAUCGUUUAUGAAAUUUAUAUUGCUCGCGAUGACUUUUUUUACUUGACUUUUGACUUGAGUAGGUCGCUGAAAUUGAAAUUGUUUUUGACUGGACUUCAUUGUUGUCGUAAGAGAUAGUAAAAAUCAUAUUAAUUGUUAAUCAUGUUUAAAUUACCUAUGCCACUUUACGUUAAAAUUUCCAUAGGCAUACAGAUUUGAUGCUUGACAAACUAUAAAUCCCUUAAAUUUGAAAUUAUAUCUACAAAAUUGUUUUGAGCACUAACUUUAGAUGUGGAAGUGACAUGGUCAGAUUCAUCAUCAACAAACAUGGCUAAUGGAAACCAAUGGAUGGAUACAGCGUUUUAUAAAAGCAUGACUAAUGAACAAGUGGAUUGGGCAAAUUUGGCUCAACAAUGGAUUAAAAUGAAAGAAACUUCAUCUGCCAUGGCCCCUGGACAACAAGUAAAGAUACCACCUUUUGAACAUAAUUUGGUUAAACUUGGUCAGCAUAUAGAACCUCAGAAUCCAUCAAACAUAACAUCAGUAACAAAUAAAAUGCUUGGAAAUAAUAUUGAAAAGCCAAAAGCAUGGAAUACAUGGACUUGGCAACAACAACAACAAUGGAACUGGAAUUGGGCAUCUUCUUCAACAGCUCCAUCAAUUAAAGCACCUAUUAUAGAGUCAGUUAAUUCACUUAGACCAUCUUUUUUACCUUCUAUGUUAUCCGAACCACCUCCAUAUUUCCCAAUGAUGACACCAAACAAACCAUUUCUACAUAAUAACUAUUGGGCAGCACCUAACAGUAGAGUUCUACCGCCUACUGAAUCAGAUCAAUGGAAUAAAAUUAGUAUGAUUUCAAAUGUGGAUAGUAGAACUCAAGAUCCAUCAUUUAUCGAUGCGGCAAAACGAAAGCAAUUGCCUGCUUGGAUUCGAGAAGGACUUGAAAAAAUGGAAAGAGAAAAACGGCGUAAAAUUGAACUAGAACAAUCUUUUGAUGCACCUGAUUAUUCUAAUUCUAUCGAUGAAAAUAUUACUGAAGAAUUGCCUAAUUUGUCUAAUAACUUUGAUCAGGAAACUCAAUUGGCUAAUGAUGAUAUUGAACAUGUAUCUUCUGAUUACAUUAAUACUACUGAACCCAGAAAAACUGAGUUUGUGAAGAAUGACCCUUCUCCUAUUAUUCCACGUAAGACUAAAGCUCAAAUCUGGGAAGAUACGAUGUUAAGUCUACGAAAAAUUCUUACAAAAUUGUUAAUGGAUGUUACUAAUGAUAUGAUGUUAAGUGUAGUUAAAGAAGUGCUAAAAACUGCUCUACAGACAGAUAUUCAAGGAAAUCAAAACCAAAUAUCAUUAGCUGGUAAACUGGGGCUUGGAGUUUAUGGUUCAGAAUCUGAGUCAUCAGACGAAAAUGAUAAAGAACAACACAUAUCUGGUCAUAAACAUUUAAAACAAGAUUCUGAUGAAGAUAUUCAAGAAAGAAUAUUAAAACGCCAGCAUGAGUUCAGUAAUAUUGAAGCCAGAAUAUUAACCGAAUUGGAUCAAUUAGAAGCCAAGGAAAAACUUGUGAGAUCUAAAUUUGAUAAUAGUAUCAAGUUAAAUGAAGAAAUUAAUGAUAAUGGUAGUCAGGUAGUGGAAAACAUUCAGACAAAAGUAUGUAAUGAAGAUGAUCAAUCUAGCAAAAAGAUGAAUGAAAGACAUGAUAAAAUAAAAAAAGAAUUAACUAAUGAUUUGAUUAUUAAAAAUGGAAAAAAGAAAAAGAAAUCUAAAACUAAAAGGUCAUCAAGUUCUAGUUCAUCAAGCAGGAGUAGUGAUACUAUAAAGAGUGAUGAUACUGACAAUAAAUAUAGCUUUAAAAAAAAUGACAAAAUUAAAUCGAAAUCCUCAAACAAAAAAACUCCAACAGUUAGUAUAAAAAGUAAACGAAGAUCGCGUUCUAGAAACAGAAGUAGAUCUCACUCGAUAUCAAAACAUAGUAGAUCGCAUUCAAGUCAUAGUAGUAAAUCACGUUCAAAACAUUAUGAUAAAAGAUCUCCACAUAGUUUUAGAUCAAGACGAAGUCGAUCACCACUUUCACGUCAUUCAUAUUCCAGAAAACAUAAAAGCAAAAGAAAUAGUUCUUCUAGUUCAAACGAAUCAAAAAGUAAUAAACACCGGUAUAGACGAUAAUGUUUUGGUCAAAAUGUUAUUUUAAAAAGUUAAAAUUUGUUAUCAUUAUUUUAUUGAAAUUUACUCAAUACAAUUUUACAUUACACAUAAAUUUUAAAAUACUUCUAGGUUUGUUCUUAAUAAAUUAAA